AUGGUCGGCUGCCAGCACCUUGAACCGGAGUACCGAGUUGCGGCGACCAUUAGCGAGGAAGCCCUAAAUGAGAGCCUUGAACUCUCUCAGGUCACCGCAAACGCUUUAAUGGACAUUGUGAACCCACCGAACUUGAAAUUUCGUGAUGAUAUUCUCCUCCUUUGUUUAUAUGGAAAGCAUCGUUUGAAAGCGGGCGCGUCAUGCGGGGAAACGCAGUGGUUGGUGGAUCUAUACCUUGAUGAUAUCUCCCCAGAGGCAAUAGUUCAGCUACGGGAGGAGUCAGCAAAUGGUGAGAAAUUCAAGGAAGGAGACAUUUUCCGUGUUUACCGACAGUACAAGCUCCAGCAUAACCACACUCAGGCAAUGAAGUGGAAGGCCAGGUUCGAAUCUGACGAGCGAAGAAAGAUUGCUGGACGCCUGGAGCAAAAGGAAGCACUCUGUGGUGCUUUUGAUCAGCUGCUACCAUACGUUGGCCUAUGGGAACCAGUCAACAUGUCCCAGAUAAAGUGUAUCCUGGGCCUUCGCUGUGACGAGUACGUAUGUCAUUACCUUCACGAAAUUCAGAGACUCUGGUCCAUUCUCUUCAGGCCAGCAGAAGCUGCCCUUGUUGACGCCCCGUCUGUGCGAUUGGUUGAAGGGCGGAUGCCUACAUAUUCAGAGAAUGAUUAUUCAUAUAUAUGCGCGCUUGUGGACUCGGGGCGACUGUUUCCCCUUGUCUGGGGUGAGGGCAGGAAGAUCCUCCGACAAACCCUCCUUCAGGUUCCCGGAAGGAUACUGUCAAUUCGUACGCUAUCUCUGGAUGCACGGUACCUAGAACUACCGGCAAGGGCAUUCCAUCGUCUUUUCCCUCUUCGUAGAAGGGAUACUGUAAGGGGUACUCUCUCUAGGAGCUUCAAUUCAACAGCGGUGGGACGUACGUGCGAAAUUCAAAUCUCGGAACAUGAGUUCGGGGUAGCGCCACCUUCUGCAAGUCCAUUCUUGGUCUGCGUCGUCCAACUUUGGUUAUAUGCCCUAAGACAUUUCACCCGGCCCUGGAAAGAGAAAAGCCAAGAAUCAGCGGCUAUUAAACUGGGCCAAGGGGAUUUCUCCGCCUUGAGAGGAAUGGUCGCCUUGGCGAAUCGGCUACAGUUUUCUUCUGAUCGGAGCAUAGAGUUUCUGGGCUCCAGCACUAGCAGGUCAUCUUCUGAGAAGAUGUUCAGAGCCAUUUGUGAAGAGAACUUCUAUGGUGUUGAUGACGGGAAAAUACGAACGGUGGCCCGGCAUUUUGAGGAAGGCAUCCGUCAGCUUUCUCGUGUUAAGGUUGGUCCGGCCGGCUUACCAGCACUUACCACUAGCCAGCCGGAUAUGAAGGCCCGCCGGCGAUUCAACUCUCCCUGGCAGAAUGAGCACCUACAUGACCGUGCAAGUCUAUUUAUUGACAAGGUCUAUGGUGCAGAUCAAACACCCUCUCAGUAUCCGACUUCCUUCGCCGUUACAAGAGAAAUCUUCUUUGCGUUUUUUGGCAAGGAGCCUUUGCACAGUAUGUUCGUGGGGGAGCCGUCCACGAUAGAACGCACGGCAGAAUUUAACCCAUUAAGACAAGAAAGCCUUACAGUCUCCGAGGAGACUUCAGCCCAAGUACAAACCGAGAUACCAGCUGCAAACACCGUGGAGACUGAGGAGGCAGCUUCUGGACUUUCUCCUGACGAUACAAUAGAUCUCCAGCCACACCCUCCGGGGACGCCUGAUCGGAUGGCGGGUGUGGAAAACGACGUGCCAUUUGCUGCCGGAUUCGAGGAGCAUAUCUCCAAGGCGCCAUUGAAAGUCAAGUCGGAUAUAACCCUUCACCGGAAAGCUAUGGAAAUUCUUCGUAUUUGGUACGAAUACGAACCAAAAUAUGUGAUUGUCCUGUUCAUCUUCGAGUCCCGAACCUAUUACAAAUUCCCUGCCUCUGGAGGCGACGAUCUGCGAGAUACCCUUGAGGAUCUGUCCAAAGAGCACUACUUUCUCGUCUGCAGGGAGUCCAGAAUAGUCCACCCGGAUUUGAACCAAGUUUAUGAGGAUGCGUUACAAUAUCAAUUGAUCCUGGUUGCGAAGAGAAACUGUCCCCUACGUGAUGUCGAUUAUGAGGAUGGGAGGAUAUCUGUUGAUAAGCUAAUAGAGUACAUGACGCACUAUGAUGUGAGGACAGGAAAGAGAAAAGCAACUGGGUCUGACACGCGUGCGACAAAACGACCCGUUCUCCAAUAA